ACGACCGCUUCCUGCACGUCCACGGCCACGGCCACGACCACGGUAUCCGCGAAGCCCACCACGAGCUCGCGCGCCAGAGGCUCUACGGUUGGCAGCGCGUGGAUUAAAGGAAUUGCUGCGUCUACGGGCUAGUGCAGAUCGGAAACCUCGUUGGCUCGACAGGGUUUCAUGCUCGGAAUCAUCUUCGUCUUCCUCGUUGGUUUCAUCGUCGCGGCAGAAUUGACCGGUGGCGAGCAUUGAAGUUGACGCAGGGGCCGUCGGAACUUGGACAUGCAUUUGGGGCUGAAUCAUGGGCUGCCACGGUGACAGAGUUGGGUAUUCUAUCGUGUAUUGCAUUUGAGGUGGCAUUUGAUAUGGUUGAACCUGGUAUUGCAUGUGGGGCUGCAUUUGCGGCUGGUAUUGCAUUUGGGCUCCCAUUUGGGAUGGCAUCUGCGCUUGAUACUGGGACUGAAUUGGCGGGUGGUAUUGGUAUUGCAUUGUCGGGUGCAUCUGGUAUUGGAACUGCAUUGCCGGGUACAUCUCAAAUGGCAUUGGCGGGUGCAUUUGAGAUUGCAUCUGAGCUUGAGAUUGAGCUUGAGAUUGCGCUUGAGACUGCGCUUGAGAUUGCGUAGGCGUGAAAUUCUGAGUAGAAUACUCAUGCGUUGGUGUAUGCACUGGAUAUGCAGUCGUCCGGGAAAACUGUGACCCACGCCUCUGAGUUGGGAACGCUCGAAACGAGGCCUGCCCUCGAUUACCGCGAGUUUGCAUGGGUGGUCUCUGCUGGCUUUGUGCAAAAGAGUUGGGCGUUUGAGAUGCAAUGCCGGAAUUUGCAAGAGCUUAAAGUGUCGCAAAGCCAGUUGCCUGGCU